AUGGCGCCGUCAGACGACAACUCGACAAUAAGCUCACCAUGGACCGUCCUAUUUCCCCAUCAGAAUGACACUAGCGCCCUUCGCGGUAUCGUCGUCCCUAACUGGGUCAACUCCCCCAAUGUCCGAGGAACAAUGGACAUCCUCCAGAGCUGUCUCCUCACUCUUGUGGCAUGCAUUUACACUGCUUUGCACCUCAACGUACCAGAGAAGACGGCUUGGUAUCAAAUCCUAUGGUCUAAAACGAAAUGGGUUGCCUUGACCCUCUUCGCCCCCGAGAUUUUCAAUUUCGACUUGAAAUAUGCCUUCUUCGUCGUGAUGCAAGGCGUUCACAUUGACGUGGAAGAGAUCCUCUCAUGGCCGGAUCUGAAUCCCAGUGCCUAUACUCGCUUUGCGAGUAUGCCAUCCCCUCGGAUAGCAAGCAUUAGUCCUAGUGGCCUCAUUCGGCUGGCCAAGAAAGGGCAUUGGCUGUACAUUUCAAGGAAACGAAUUGAUGACAAAAGCAAAGCAGACUAUAUCCAGAAAGCUCUUGUUCUGACACAAAUUCUUUGGAUGGUUACUCAGUGCGUCACGCGCUACGUGAAUGACCUCCCCUUGACCUUGCUGGAGAUACAUACUGUGGUGCACGUUAUUUGCGCCGUGUUUCUUUACGCCUGUUGGUUCCAGAAACCACUCAACGUACAAGAGCCAGAGGUGGUGAACCCAAGCCAGUUUCUUGGAGAGGCCGCAGCGAUGGUUCAACAACAGUUCUACUCUUCUUGGUCAAACGAACUGGCCAUCUUCCCACCUUGGUCUGUGGAACGGCCGAUACCUCCGCUCAGGCUGGCUAGUGACCGAGCAUCUAUGUUAUGGUUUAGCCCAGAACGGCCAUCAGUUAUGCGACAAGGCGACAUCCUGUUGUCUGGCCUGGCCCUUCAUACAAGUACUAGAGAGCUGGAAGUCACUGCACAGUUUCUCGAAAGAUGGAAUGCCAUUUUUGGUGCAUUUCCCUACACAGACUGUGAGCUGCUUGCUCGUGGGACUGGCCCCAAGUUUGACACGCCACAUAUGGAAGAAGAGAUCGAACUUAUGGGCCAGGGAAAGACGGAUUGCCAGGUUCUUUAUCUCAGUCGUCUUGACGAGUUUGAGAAGCCGGAGGACAUGCGCGAGCUGCCAUUCAGCCACCGCGAGCGGAACCUGGUCGUGAACUUUCACGUCGCCAUUCUUGGCCUGGCACUACUUCUUCCUGCCUGCUACGGCGGUGUCCAUCUAGCAGCAUGGAAAUGGACCUUCCCGAGUCAUUUCGAGGGUGUUUUCUGGAAGAUUUGCUGCCUCUUCAUCGUUUGCGCAUCCCCAGUCAUGUUCGUCAUAGACAUGGUCUUCAUGGGACUGGUCGAGCUUAUCAACUAUAAGACCGUCACCAACCGCCCAAGAGACAGGGAAGAUGCAGAGGAUGGAAACCUAAAGAAGAAGGACAGCGAGUCCGACUAUUGGGACAUUGGAUUCUAUGCUUUGAUUUGUUUCAAUGUUCCUGUCUUGGCGAUGUAUAUCGUUGCGAGGGUCUACAUCGUCCUUGAGUCGUUUUUGAGCUUGAGAUGUGUUCCUCAGGGGGUAUUUUUCUCUCCAGCCUGGCUUCAGAUGUUUCCUCAUCUAUAG